AUGUAUUUCUCUUCCUUCUUUUCUUCUUGUUUAUUAUCAUCUUCUUUACCUUUUCUUACUCUUAAAACUUUCAAUUACAUUCAUUUAUUCUUACAUUUCUUUUUUCUUUAUUUCUUUCUCCAUUUUUUUUCUUUUCGGUUUCCUUUUUUUAUGUUUUAUCUAUCUAUCUAUCUAUCUAUCUAUCUAUCUAUCUAUAGAAUAGAUAUUCAGAUACUUAUAGAAAUGUAUUUAUUGUUUGUUCCUAAAUUUUAUACCAUUUUAUUGAUGGAGGACAUUGUAUGCCUAAGUUGUUUGGCAACAUCAGCACGGGAAAGUGACAGUGGUGAGAGAUUUUGUCUUGCUGCUGAAGGAUUUGGAAAUCGGAUUUGUUCUUUGAGUAAUAUUUCCAACAAGGCAAUGAUCCUCUCUCUCUCUCCUCCUCUUUCUCUUUAUAACCUCCUUUAUUUCUACACAGCUUCUUCUCCUCCUCCUCCUCUCUCUCUUUCUCUCUGCUUUUGUAAUUUCUUGACUUGUUCUGCACAGUACCUUCUCCUCCUCCUCUUUCCCUGCAAUCUAUUUUUUUAUACUGUUCCACCUCCUCUCUUUAUAAUCUAUUAUCUUUUUUCCUACACAGCUCCUCCUCCCCUCUCUCUAUACAAUCUCUUUCCUUUUUUUCAACACAGCUCCUCUUCCUCUCUCUUUUCUUGA